GGAAAGUCAUAACGGAAACAAUUUUCCCUCUACAAAUCCAUUCAUACUUUCAUUUUUCAACCCAAAUAACUUUUAUUUUUUUAUUCAUUUUUAUGAACGAUUCAGAUUUAUUAUUAUUUUACAGUAACAAUCAUGAAGAGAAUUAUUUACCUCAGAAACGAUCAAGAACCGUUGCCAAAACAGCACUUCUUCGCCUACAGUGUUUUAAUCUUCCUUUGGUUUCGUCAGCCACCGACUCACCUCUCCACUCACUCUCACUCCAACCCGACCGGCCGUACACCAUCGGUCGAACCAGCCGCAAUUGCGACUUCACGUUCAAAAGCCGCCUUGUCAGUAAGCAACACUGCCAGAUUUUGUUUGAUAGCAUUAAACGCAAGGUUUAUAUUCUUGAUGGAACCUUUUUACUGUCUGAUUUUAGUUGUGUUGUUAAUGAAUUUAGUAAUAGAAGGUUACAUAAUUGUGAUGAAUUAUUGGAAGAGAAGGAGGAGAUUGGGGGUUUUUCUAGGGUUAGGGUUUCGUUAAAUGGGGUCUUUGUUAAUGGGGUAAGGGUUAAAAAGGGGAUGGUUAGAGAAUUGAGUGCUGGUGAUGAGGUUUUGCUUGUUUGUGGGAAUGAAGGUUUUUGUAGGUCUGGGAUGAGAAUUGGGUUUGUAAUUUUAGGGGUUGUUUAUAAGGAGGAAGUUGUUUUUCGGUCAAACAAGGCUGAGUUUGGAACAAUGACCUAUUCAGGGUACUCCCAAGGUUCUGUGUCUAGUGGGAAGAGGAAUAAACGGGUUUUUGCUUUACAGACAAGUGAUGUUGGGAACUUGGAAUGUGAUUUUUCAAGAUUCAAAUGUAGUGAUCUUAUUGGGAGAGCAAACUUUCUUUUGAGUCAGUGUAAAAAUAUAUUGAAUAGCCAUGGUCCCAUAUCCUGCACUCGGCACUUAGGGUUUGCUGUUUCAGAUUCUCAAAUGGAAGGCACUUAUGGUUGUAGUACUAUUCCAGGGUUUGGUAAUGUUCCAGUUGGUGGUGACUUAGAGGUGAACAUUGUUAAUCCAGUUCCCGGGCAAGAACAAAUACCUUCGGAUAAAAUGGCCAGCAUAGUGCAGUCAGCAAUUACAUUUCAUGACAAAGAAGUAGAGGCAAUAGAGCCAGAUCAUGACCAACUAGAUCCUUGUAACCACAAUGACAAUUUAUGUCAUAGAGAAAAUAUUGUAAUUGUUUAUGAGAAUGCCAUUGCCACUAAUAAUUCUUCCAAGGCUUUGUUAUUGAAUCCUGGAGGGACAGAUAAUGCUCUUCAAUUUGAUAUUACGAGCAAGAAAUCGGGCAAUACUUGUUUGCCUCCUGGGAAGAAAUUUUACUUGAACUGUCUUGAAUUAAUGGACCACACUUCAUCCACUUGCAAUGUCGUUUCCCUGCCAGAACUUCUUUAUCCCGUACAAAGCAUUUCUCAACUAUUUAUUGCUACAUUUACCAGUGACAUUUUAUGGUUUUUAUCAUAUUGUGAGAUUCCUUGCCACCUGCCAGUGACAGUUGCAUGUCACAACACUGGGAGAUGUUGGAGUUCAAGCCCCGAUGAAAGAACCUCUGUGCCUUACCCAGAUUUUCCAAACUUAGUUGUAGUGUUUCCUCCGUUUCCAGAGGCUGUAGCUUUUGGUGAAAACCGUAAGAAACAAGGCAUUGCUUGUCACCAUCCAAAAUUUUUCGUUUUGCAAAGAGAGGAUAGUGUUCGUGUCAUCAUUACUUCUGCUAAUUUAGUGGCAAAACAGUGGAACAAUGUAACCAAUACAGUAUGGUGGCAAGAUUUCCCUCGCAGAAGGGAAACUGAUUAUUUAUCUCUUUUUAUUCAACCUCCUGUUGAAGAAAUUAACCAAGAUUCAAGAUCUGAUUUUGCUGCUCAGCUGGCCAGCUUUAUGGCAUCUCUUGUGAUUGAUGUUCCCAGUCAGGCCCAUUGGAUUGUGGACCUGACAAAAUAUGACUUUGGUGGGGCAACAGGACAUUUAAUUGCUUCAGUGCCUGGAAUUUAUUCUUGCAGAAUGCCCACUGUGCCAGAGUUCACAUACUUUAAACCUGUGAGUUUCUCCACUAGGUUUCUUGGUUCAGUUGAAGCAUCUGUGGUUGGUUUAAGCCACCUUUUUCACAAUGCAGCAGACCCUUAUGGUGUACAAAUUAAGAAACUGGCGUCUUUUCUUGGCAAAUCUUGUGCCAAUGCUUAUGGGAUGUUGGAGAUUGUUUUAAAACGAAACACCAAUGUACCUGCAGAUGUUAAUGCUGUGAGCAUUCUUGUUCCCAAUAUUGAAGAGUCUUCUGAGGGAGACUGUGUUCAACUUGGCUUUUUGCCUAGAAAUAUUGCAAAGUGGGUUUCUCCUUUGUGGGAUGUUGGAUUCAUAAAAUUCUCUGGAUUCGUCUCCAGUGACAAUGUCCUCUCUGCUGCUGUAGGGGGAAUCAACAAAAAAGUACAACUGAUACUACAUGUUUCACAGGGACCUCACUUUUCAGAUAUAUCAAAGAUGAUGCAACCUCAACAUGUUGUUGCAUUAAGCUAUCUCAUUGCUUCAAUUCAGAGGCGUAGAGGAAUGUGGCGACUGCAAGAGGUUUUAGGUCAAUACCGGUGGCCUGAUGUACAAGAAUCUGAUUUUAUUUAUGGUUCGUCAUCAGUUGGUUCAAUCAAUGCUCGGUUUCUAGCUGCAUUUGCAGCAGCUGCUGGAAAGAAAUCAUUGAGAUUCUUUGACUCUGAAGAGUCUGAUCCAGAGUGGGGCUGCUGGAGUGCAAGCCAAGAAUUGAAAAGACCAUCCAUUAGAAUACUUUUUCCAACUAUUGAAAGAGUGAAGAAUGCAUGUGAUGGAAUCUUGCCCUCAAAGCGGAUUCUUUGCUUCUCUGAGAAAACAUGGCAGAGACUAGAAGCUUUAAACACUGAUGCAAUUCCUUAUCCUUAUGAUAGAGUUGGACCAAUGCAUGUCAAGGUGGCACGUAGAUGCUUUCAGUCUAGGAUAGAUGCAUCUUCCUUUGGUUGGGUUUAUUGUGGAUCACAUAAUUUCAGCGCAGCUGCUUGGGGAAGGCACAUUUCUAGUCCAUCUGGACGAAAGCAAAUGGACUGAGAAAACUAACUCAUCCUCAAAUUUUUGCUUCACAUCUGUAAUUAUGAACUCGGGAUAUAUAUGUAUUUCCCCCAACAGAGACAAGGGAUGCAGAACUUGGAUGAUGUUGUGUUGCCAUUUGUUGUGCCUGCUUCAAGAUACGCCUAAGAUAGGCCAGCAACUGGUAAAGCUAUGAAGGACGCUAGCUGAACUUACCGAGGAACAGAGAUCAAAACUUGCUGAACUAGCAGCUGCAGAAGAAAUGAUAGAAGAGAUCCCAGAUGAAGAGGAGGAAGUAGAAGCAACUGAUUAUGUGCAGAGGAAAAGGAGAGGAGGGCUUAUGCUGAGAUGCUAUGGAGUCAGGUUGAUUCAUCACAGAGUUGUUAAGCUACAUAAUUGAAGUGAAAGGGAUUUGAUUACACAGUAAUUCAGCAAUAUUCAAGUAAUGUCAUCUGCAGAUCUCCUUGUGUUACCCGCUUCACAGUUGUGCUAAUUGUGUUAAAUCCACGACAUUUAAUGGAUAACUUCCAUGAGGUCUAUAGCUUGAUAGUUUCGAUCAAUGUAAAAUAAUAUGAAGAAGCUUGUAAUGAAGAGAGCCUUGGUAUGAGGUAAAACCGUAAAAAUCAUAAAAUAACAUUUAAUAGCACGUGCUUACCCACUUGGGAU